CACCGAAGUACAUUGUAAUAAGUUCAACGUUCAGAACAAUAAAUUGAUAACCCUCCUUUAGAACAUAAAACGAGACACAAAGAACAGACUCACAGAGCAACAUUACAGAUUCAGCCACAUUACUACAGGUCUCUUUGAAAGAACAUCUCAACUCCACACCAUGAUCUCCAUGCGGAAGGAAUAUCUUCUUGUCUUAAUAUUUACAGUUGUAUGUGUACUGUACAGAUACUGGGAUAUGGACAGAUAUUAUUUUAUUCAUAACUACUUCUUCAGAAUAGACCAGAUGAAAAAUAAUUCUGGUACAAAAGUUUCUGAUCCUGCAUCCCCAGACAAGAAACCCGGGAUUAUGUUUGUGGAGUCGACCGACAACGUAGAGCCAACACCAUUAGUGGUGUGUUCAGUGGAAUCUGCUGCUCUAAGAAACCCAGACAAACCAAUCUAUUACUUCAUGAAGGGAUUCAGUGGCAACUUGAGCCAGUAUCCACAGCCUGAGUACAAAGGAAUCCCUUUGCUCUCCUCAGUGAGGAAUGUCACCAUUCUACCCUUGAAUGUCACUGAACUGUUCGAAGGGACUCCAUUGAAGGGCUGGUAUCAAAAGGUAAAACCAGAAAAGGAGAAGUAUUGGACACAUGUGCUUGCUGAUGGCUGCAGAUUGGCACUGCUCUGGAAAUAUGGGGGAAUCUACCUGGAUACUGACAUUAUAUCACUGAGGUCUAUACCGUUUGCGAACUUUACAUGUCCAGAGAGCACAGGAGUAGUUAGUAAUGGGGCAAUCGGUUUCCAUCGUAAGCAUCAUACCUUUUUAUGGAAUUGCAUGGAAGAUUUUGUGGCCCAUUACAAUGGAGAUGUUUGGGGUCAACAGGGUCCUGGACUGAUUACGCGUGUGCUGAAGAGAUGGUGCAAUACUAGUAAACUAGCCACCUUCAUUGGCAAGGAAUGCAAUGGCAUCUCUCUAUGGAUCACAAAUCGUUUCUAUCCAGUCCCAUAUCCAGCAUGGGGGAGGUACUAUGUUCACUGGGAAAAAGAGCAUAUAGAACGGGGCUUCUCAGCUACAUAUGGAGCACAUGUCUGGAAUUAUAUGAAUAAACAGAAGAAAAGAGGUAUUGUGGCUGGAAGUGGAUCAUUAAUUGAACAUUUUUUCCUACUGCAUUGUCCAAUUACAUACAAAAAUUUAAUUCAAUCCAGAAAUAGUACAGUGUGAUAUAGGACUUGAUAUUGUACAAUGAUUGACAAAAUGAAGCAGACACAUUUCCAAAAAUUUAAUUUUAUAAUUUAUCAGAAAAUCCUUUGAACAUAAUUGUAAUCCAUGUUACAUUUACUGCCGUACCUAUUCUUCAAAGAACAGCUCAUCCAAACUAGAUACCAUGCAGUUCAGUUGUCGAAUAUCAAUCAGACAGAAAUACCAAUAUCCCAAUGCAGGUCUCUGUAAUGCAAUCUUGCAUUGUGGCAGAUGGCAGUGACCAUGCAGGAGAUGUCCCACAUUUAACUCAACACAGGGCAGAAAGCAGCAGUGUUUGACAAAAUAUUCAUGUGAAUUAGUUGAAAGACAAAAACUUGUAGAAAAUCAGGCACUGUGUUUUGCUGCAUUUAGAUUUGUCAUAAUGUUAAUUGGUUUUGUAUUUGGAAGGAUAAUAAUUUUGCCUGUUUGCUGACAGAUUUGAGAGUGGCCAAGAACAUAGGAAGAAUCCCAUAAAGAACAUGACUAUAUUUCAAAGGUUGAAUGGCAAUUUAAUAUCAGAGAAUGUACUUUAUACAAUAUACAACCUGAAAUCCUCCUCACCCCCCCCCCACUGCAGCAAAAGCAUCAGCCCCCCACCCCACUCAAACCACCCACGAUGCAAUGGCAAGCUCCCAGAGACCAUGAUCUGGAGCCUAUCAAAACUUACUGUCCACUUCAACACUUCGACAUCUCAACAGGCCAUCUCCCUCUCUAACGAGGGAGAGGGAGAGAUAUCACCCUUGCCACACUGAAAGGGGAGGCCAACUCAAUGUUACGAUCUGCAGCAUUGCUUAUUUCAGUUCCCCCAACUCAAGAAUCAUCAAACUCUCUCUCAAGCCAGAACUUACUAAUAGGGACAAAUUAUAAAAUUAAGUUUUCUGCAUUAGAAAUAAAUAUUUUUGUGGAGGAAAGGUCUGAUUAAAAAAGUGAUCAUUUUUAAUUUUGCUAUCUGGGGACAUGAUUAGAGAGGACGAAGAAUAUCAAGUCACUGGCUUCCAGUUCACUUCAAAUUGCUUGGCAAUCUCCAGCUAUGAAUAUCUAUUGGUGACAGUCACACGGAAUUUCAACAGUAACAGGAUAAAGUGACUUCAAUCUUUUUUGUCCAUUACUGGUUGUUUAUGCCUGAUAAUGAAACUUACCAAUAAUCUCUUACAGUAAGUGUAACAGUUCAUGUCAUUGCUGCAAAUCUGGAACUUUUCAGUUUCAUAUAAAUUUAAAAGAGUUAAUGUGACAGCUGGAAACUUGUAAUGGAAAAUUGUAAAAUCAACUACCAAGUAAUGUCUGAUAACAACUAUAAUAAUAUUGUGACACUCAGGGGUGGAGGGAGGUGGUGGUGGCAUAGAUGACAGCAUUUCUUAUAACUAGCAGUGUUUAGUGUUUUUGUACUAAAAUGCUUUUGUGGGAUCACGGUGGGAAAUUCCAGUUAAUUUAUGGUUACAUUUUAGUUUGGGUUAUACGGUUAUUUCUUGUGGUAUUUGAGGGUCACUCUAACUGUAACCGGAGUGUGUCAUGGUCAGCUCCUCUGCCGUAUGAGAUAGGCUGGGUUCACUCUCCGGGUCAUGGUGCCCGGUCUGUUUUGUGUUUAUCGCAAUAAAAUACUUUUUUAAGUUCUACGAGCUUCCUCAUCUGUCAUUACGGAUAAUAUGCUUGCCAUGAUAUGAAGAUUUGAAGUACUUUGGUGUUCGCUCCAACAAACAAUGGAGUCGACAUCUCCUUCCACUCGUCAAAGUGUGGAAACAGGCCAGUCACAGCUGUGUCUUCACCCAGUUAGCCAUUGGUCACUGAGUGCAGCUCCAGUUCCCUAACAUGGUGUGUAAGGAGCUGCAGCUGUGUGUACUUCAAGCAGAUAUACAGCAGCUAUUAGGGUGACUGGAAAUCUCCCAGAUCUCCCACAUCUGGCAUUGAGAACACACCACAAACCCUGGAUUCAUUGUCAGAACUCUAGCUAAGCACUAAUAGAAAAAGACAGAAAUAAACUUUGCAUAAGCUUACCGUAGCCUACAGCUCUUCUUGCCAAAGCCUCAAGUACUCCAUCUAAUUUGAUACACUCACACAAUGGCUGUUCCAUUUAACCUCAGCGAAUAGUUUUGAAAGGCCUCAUGCAUGCUCACUCCCCACAAACAAGCAGCAGCUCAAAAUAUCUCAAGCCUACAGUAAAGUUCUAAAACAUCUCUCUUGGGUCCUAAAUCUCUCACUCACUCUCCACAAACAUGCGACUGCUCACUGUAUCUAAUGCCACUGAGAAGUUCCAAAAUUGCCCAGUGGCUUUUCUAAUUUUGUGCUCACUCUCAAACAAGUGAGUGCCAAAAAUCACCAUGGAUCCCCACCAUCCAGGCCAUGCUCCCUUUUCACUCUUACAGAGCAUGAAGUCCCACUUCACCUGAUUUAGGAGCAUCCACAUUUCUAUACCUUUCAUUUCUUGAACCAAGCAGACAGCCUGAACCCUGCCUCAGUGGUGGGUACUACAGACUGCUUCUUACACUCUGUAGACCUAUAUUUAGUCGAAUUAUUUUACCAAUUUAUGUAAAUUUAUGCUCUAACUGCUAUCAAAAUCUAUGCUUCUGUGAGCAAGUUUUUCAUUACAUCUGCAUUUCAAUGUACUUGUGCAGUGAAGUGCAUUUUAAACACUGCUUGAUUUGACUUGACUUUAGUGUCUUCAAAGCUUUCAGUGGGAUUUAAUGAUAGAAUAAUGAUAUUCCUUGCUGAGGAGAGCAAAGAGAUGCCUCUUUGUUCAGGCUGUAGAUACCUGUUCAAGUUGCCAUUGAACCCCUUCAUGAAGUAAUAGAUGGAAACAACAGGAAUUCUGCAGAUGCUGGAAAUUCAAGCAACACACAUCAAAGUUGCUGGUGAAUGCAACAGGCCAGGCAGCAUCUGUAGGAAGAGGUCAGUCGACGUUUCAGGCCGAGACCCUUCGUCAGGACUAACUGAAGGAAGAGUGAGUAAGGGAUUUGGAGGGGGAGGGGGA